UUUUUUUUUUACUAUCCUUGCUACCUCCCUGAAUAAACAAAAGGCAGAUUCUCCUUUCCCUGUUUCUUCCACUUCUUCUUCUAAUCCGAUCAGAAAAAAGAAAAAAAAAUGCAUAGAUCAGCAAGUUUGUCUAGAACAUCAGAGGAAUUUUUCAUUCACGCAGCAUCAUCAUCAUCAAAGAAUUCACUAGACACUAGUGAAUUACCUGUUUAUGAUCCUAAUUCUGAUGUUGGGAAGAAAGAAAAAUUGAGAAUUAAAUUUGCAGAGAAUGCUGUUCAUAUUAUUCCUGUAGUUCUUGUGCUUUGUGCUGUUAUCCUUUGGUGUUUCUCCAGUACAGAAGUGGAAAUGGUGAGUAAAGAUAGGUCAAUUGUUUCCAAGAUAGAUGGAUUGACAAUCGACGGGGACAUUGACGUUCACGAUAAAGGUACUUUGGAGUCAUUUGGAGCAAAAGAAGGAGGAACCGUGCAUUUGGAGCGAGAAGUGCAAAAGCGCCAAUUCAUUGCAAGCAUAUCGGGAGCACAGUGGAGGAUAAGGGGCAAGCAAUUGCUCAUGAUUAACCUUAGGAGCUGCCAUCUGGUGGCCUGCAUAAGGUUGUUGGAUGCCUAUAUCAAUUUUACCCAUUACCAAAUGCUAAAAGUCAGAGAAGAUUAUUCCUCCCUAUCAUUAGCUCUUCUUUCUUUCCCAUCUAGAAAUUCAGAGAAAAGAAACCAUUGACGACAUCAUUAUUCCGAGACAAUGAGAGAUCGAAAUUGAGAGCAAAUUGGGGAAAAAUUAGAAGAUGGAUUCUUGAGCUCAAACUGUUGCAAUUGGUGGUGAAGAUGAAGCAGAUGUUGUUCGAAUCUGGAAGGGGUUUUAACAGAAAUAGAAGUUAGGGUUUUGAGUACAAGGUGAUUGAGAACUGAGAUGCAGAUUCAAAUCAAGAAGAGAGAUUGAGAAGAUGGGUCUGUGGUGGAUGAAUCAGAGGAGGUUUGAACAACAAAUUUGAUGAAUUAUGGGUUUGAUUGAGACCAGAUUUAAAAGGAGGUACUGCUGCUGAGACUUUGAAUUGAGAUGAACCAGAAAGGGAACGACAUUCCCGCCUAGCUCCCGAUCUCCCUUGGAUCUGUUGCUAUCAGAGAAUUAGAAAAUGGAAUUCAGAAACUGAUGAGUGAAGAAUGUAAAUGACAUUGUGAUGUGGCUGCUGCUGUAGGAUGUGUAGCUGCAAUAAGGUGUUGUUGGAGCAAGAUGGCAGAGCAAUGGAACUGCAGGAAGUAUUGAUGUUGGUAUUAAGGUUGUUGUGAUGCGGCUGCCAGGAUCAAAGAUGAUGAACUGUGAAGAACUGAUGGAGGUGUUGGUGGCCUGUGGUGUUCAAGGGUUACAACUGCAGUCAAAGCUGUAGCAAUGUGAAGAGAAAUGAAUGCAAUGCCAGAGGCAGUGUGAUGGCUAGAUGCAGCUGAGGUUAACUGAAGCUGAUGAAUGUUGCAGGCCUGUGUUGGUUGCGGUUGAGCUCUUGAGGGUGAUGCCGCAAUUUACAUGAAUUGGUGGCAGAUGUUAGUCUAGGGGAACAGGUUAGUGGACUGACUGAGAUGGUCAGAAUGAGGCAGAGACUGGGUUUAAGUUGAGGUGGUUGUGAUGCUGUUGAGUUUCUGAUGCAAGCUGGUAAUGAAGAACAAGCUUCAGAGAAUGGGUUUUGAGCAAAAUUACAGAAUGUGUUGCUGAAGUGACAGGAGAGCUUGGAUGCAGUUGCAGUUUUGACUGCGGAGAUGUUGCAGUUGAGACAUUGCAGGUCAUGGGUUCUGCCAGAGAUUACAUGGGUUUUAUCGAAGUUAAUGGAGGCUCAAAUUAGAUGCAGUUUAUGUACAGGCAAAGUGGAUGGAUGCAUUGGGCUGUGACAAUGGAUGGUGCGGAUUGAAUGGAGCUGUGGAUUUGGUGCGAACAAGGAAAGAAGGUUGCAGUGGUGUUUAGAUGAAUGUUAGGUUUCACAGGUCAAGAAGCUGGGUUAGAUGGCCUGAGCCGUGAAAUAUAACCUGUGAUGAGGCUGGAACUGCAGAUGCUAGAAGUGAUUACAAGUUAGAUGGUGGUUCAGUUGGCAGAUGGCAUUACAGGCCAGGUGGUUCAGGCUGUAUGCAGUGAAUUGACAAGACAGGGAGGCAAUUGAGUUUGGCUGCAGAUUUGAAUCAAGAAGAAAAUACAGUGGGGGUUAGAAUACAUCUCAGAUGUUUACAAGGAGAUGGGUUUAUGUUUGGCAGAUGGAUAAGCUCAAAGCUGGCUUAAGGAGAAGGCAGCAGAAGUUGGUAGAAUGGUUUGUGAACUGAUGCUAUGACUUGGUGUUGCAGCAAGGAGAUAUAGCAUACAGAAGAGAAUUGCAACUGCAAAUAGGAUAACAUGGGUUAGAUGCAAGGCAGUGGUGAAUGUAACAGUUGGACAUGCUUGGUAAUGAAUUCUGAGCUGAAAUUGCAGGUUGUGGAUCUGGUGCUGGCUGUUAUGCAGUUGCAAUAGUUGAGGAAAGUAGAUGAUUGAAGAAUGAACUGUCAGUUCUGGAAACUGAGUGAAAAUUAGGCUGUCAGUCCGAAUGUUCUAAGAGCUAAUGGGCUUGUGGGCUGUGUUGAGGCGGAAGCAUGAAGUGAGUUAUGGGUUGGACAUUUAGCCUUGACCGAGAUUGGAAGUAGGCUAUUCACACACACAUCAGGAGAAGAUAUAUAUAAGCAUAUUCACACAACAAAAGGGGAAGAUCUCCAUAUCUUUUUAUCUUCUUCUCCGCCUUUUGCCUAGGGUUUAUGGAAACUCCUCUCUUUAUUCUUGUUAUGAACUCCAUGAAUAUGAGCUAGAUUUUAUUAUUAGUUAUGGAUUAAAUUGAUUUCAC